GGAACGUGUAACCCACUUGCUGUCUCAUUCAACUACAUUCGUUCCUGUAAUCUAUAGUCUAACAGAACACAUCAGUGAGGGAUAACUCACCCAUACAAUCAGCGAGGAGGAUGACACUACUCGUAAAGAUUAUUUGGCGACAUGCUGACAACCGAUAAAGUUUGACCCAAAUGUGUGCAUGGUCUAAUAUAGUUGUAAUAUAGCACCGAAUUAGAAAGCUAUUAGAUUGAAUUCUCUAACCAUUUGACAAUGGUACUUGUUAAUCGCCCAAGUUAUUUUUGAGAUAUGUACGAGCUCAUCAUUAUUUUUACUUAAAAUUACUGAAAAAUACAUUUGAGAUCCGUACCAAAAAAUAUAUGGACUGAGUAACAAUUCUUAUCGUCUAAUAUGAAGAGUCCUAAGAAGAGGGAUAUGCACUCAUUUUCUACUAAGUUUAUACUAGUGUUUGUGAAAUCGUAUCAUACCAAACCGACAUUUGGUACCAAACCGACAUUUGGUCCUGAUCUCAUGAAAUGUAUAAUUUCUGGGUAAAAAAGAAUCAUAUUGACAUUUGGGCCCAUUGAAUGAUGCACCUGUCAAAUGUCAUUCAUCAUCUCAUCACAAUUCACAUCACAUCUUCAAAGAGCAGACCCUUUCCAUCCCAACUUUGCACAUCCCAAUAGCAACUCAUUACUUACUAUUAUCACUUCCUUACCCUCCAUCCAGUCCAUACAAUUGACUUGCCCAACGAACUUCAGCAAGAGGAAAAAAGAAAAAAGAUGAACAAAGAAUAAGCACCUGAUCCCUUUUCCCAUUUAACCACUAAUGAAACACCAAAACUGGAUUGAACAAGGAAAAAAAGGACCUUUCAAUGACUUCUUCCUCUUCACAGAUGAAUAUUUUCCCCCUCCUAUCAAUCAAUAAUAGCGCUAUUUAUCCAGCUACUGUUAAAGCUAUCACUCCCCGCUAUAUUCCUCAUUUUGCACUCAUUACGGAUGCAUAAUCUGCUGGUCCACUGAACUGUGAUGAUGCACCAUGUACCACCUCCCAUUGUGGAACUCAAAGACAUUUGUCACAUGAAAAGGCCCGGUCUCCAUCUCGACAUACGUUUUCAUCGUAACCCAGGCCAUGCCAGUCAGGACCCGGACCCGCACGUCUCGAACCUGAAACUCGACUCCUUGCUCCCACCAGUUGAACGCGAGCUGCCAGCUCUGUAUCACAGCGUUGUACCUAAUGCAAUGGCGGAAUAGUCUUCCCAGUUUUAGCUAUAAUGGUUCAAUCAAACAGGAAUAGACACACAAAAGCUGAUGAGGUAAGUUGGAUUUGAAAACAUGAACGAGAAGGCGAUGGAUAACUUUCCUGGGCAACACACACAAAGAGAAAGAUAAUAGAGAUAGGGAGCCCAUAAGACACGCUGGUUCAGCGAAUAUCCAAGCUACCUUUCUGUCACACCAAUUACCAUUUAGAAAUAUCCGCCAUGCUUUGCUUAAGAGUAAAGAAAAAACCCUAUCUAGUCACGUCCAAUCGUCCAUAUAGGCAUGAUUUAGCCAUCAUGAACUAGAGAAAGCUACAUUCUUAUUCCAACAAGCUUUAGACCUUCAUCUAAUUAGGCUACAUUAGCUGUCUAAAGUCUAACAGAUCUAUAAAUAUCGCUCACUUGAGAGUGAAGAAUAAGCUUCAUCUAGUCAUGUCCAUAUGGCAUAGAGUCAUUGACAGACAGGUAAAACAGUGGUGGCCACAGAUAGAAUUCUAAAUCAACAAGGAGAAAAUUG